UAUAACAUUUCCCCAUUUUGUUCUCCAACAAAUGCUUCCAUUUCUCAAUUUGUUCUCAAAUCUAUCAUUUCCUCUCUUGUAAACCAAAUUCUCCAACAAAUUAAUCUUCAUCUUCUUCCCAAUCCCUACCAAUCUCCAUCAAAUUCUUGUUUCAACCUUCCUCCCAACCUAAAAUCAUUGAAAAAUCCUCCUCUCUACAACCCAAUAAAUUCCACUUACAACCCUUCGAUCCACUCCAUAACCCUUCACUUCCUCUUCAUCGCCGUCUGUUUUCUCAACUGCCGGCGAUGUCUAACUGUACCGUCGAGUCUUGUAAAGUCGAAACAAGUGAUGGGGUAAAGCUUCACACCAGGGUUUUCAAGCCAAAAGAUGAGGAAGCGAAGGAAAUUGAGAAUUUGGGUGUUGUUUUGGUCCAUCCUUAUUCCAUUUUGGGUGGUUGUCAAGGGCUUUUGAGAGGAAUAGCUGCUGGGUUAGCGGAAAGGGGUUAUAAAGCUGUGACUUUUGAUAUGAGGGGUGCUGGGAAAUCGUCUGGAAGGGCUUCUUUGACUGGAUUUGCUGAAAUUAAAGAUGUAAUUGCUGUUUGCAAAUGGGUUUGUGAGAAUUUGUCUGUUCAUCGAAUUUUGUUGGUGGGUUCUUCUGCAGGUGCCCCCAUUGCAGGCUCAUCUGUGGAUUUGAUAGAACAAGUGGUAGGUUAUGUUAGCCUUGGCUAUCCUUUUGGCUUAGCUGCCUCAAUUCUUUUUGGAAGACACCACAAAGCCAUUUUACAUUCUCCAAAACCAAAACUUUUUGUGAUGGGCACACGGGACGGUUUCACAAGUGUGAAGCAAUUGCAGAACAAGCUAAAAUCUGCAGCAGGACGAGUUGAAUCACAUCUAAUAGAAGGUGUGAGUCACUUUGAAAUGGAAGGCCCUGCAUACGAUGCUCAAAUGGUGAAUCUUAUCCUUCAUUUUAUUUCUUCUUUGUAGGAAAUCAACUUUGCUUAGAAUAUUUGUACGGGAGUAAUUACAUUGUGCAUUAAGCUUUGUAAUAUUGAUUCCUUGUGUGUUGUGUAGGAAAUUUAAAGGUUUUUGGUCAAGAAA